AUGAUCCUGCAGUGUCUUGACUUGAAGAAAUUAGGAAAGCUACUCUCUAGACUGUCCGAUGCACCGCAGUUAAUGAUGAAGCGAUUAGCGGAAACUGCAAUCCGGCUGGUCACGACCCACGACGAACUGCUUGGAACAGUCGAAGGCAUAGAAUGCGUCAUGAUGGAGGGCAGUUACCAGGCAAACUGUGGAAACUUCCGCCCUGCCUGGAUGGCGGUUCGCAAAGCGAUGACCUUGGCCCAGGCAAUGGGAAUUCAUCGACCUGGCCCAUGUCCAGUGCGUUUCCUUGAUACUCGUCGCAGGGUUGAUCAUUUGUUCUUAUGGCACCGCAUUCUUUAUAUUGAUCGGUUUAUGUCCCUGAUGAUGGGUCUGCCCCAGGGCUCCAUGGAUCGAGGUAUGGCUGCCGAAAGGGGUCUUGCGCUUGAUACUCCGAUGGGCCGACUGGAACGAGGCCACCGUGGCAUUGCGUCUCGUAUUCUGGAACUGAAUGAUGGCCACCCACGACAGUAUCCAAUGGACAAGGUUCAGGAGAUCGAUCGCGACAUUCAGAAUGCGGCAGAUAUGGUGCCCACCGGGUGGUGGAUAGCCCCCAAUUUGGCCAGCGAAGAGACCACAGACUGGGACACAAUACGCCUAGUAAACCAAGUCUACCACUACGGAUUGAUAAUCCAACUCCAUAUCCGCGACAUGCUGGGGUCUACCAGCACAGAAGCGGAGCAGCUGGGCAAUUACUCUCAAACCGCCUGCGUGAAUGCCUCCCGCGAGAUCCUCACGCGGUAUAUAACCCUGCGGAAUUCUAACCUGGUAGCGUACACCUGCCGAGUUAUUGACUUCUUCACCAUCUCCGCGACAUUCCUCCUCCUUAUCGCCCACCUCAGACAACAUGCACCCACUCCCCACACACUAAACCACCUAGCCCACCAACGCCCGAGCGACAGAGCUAUGGUUUCCCAAGUUAUAGAGAAUCUGCAGAACAUUGGCUGGGUAAGCCAGGAUCGAAUCAUCGCCAAUUCCGCAAGUUUAUUAAACCGGCUACUCGACGUAGAAGCCGAAGCAGCAAAGGGCCGGCUCUACAGCACGCAUAGUAUUGACACUCCCGAAGAGGUUGCGCAGGAGACGGAGAAAGGACCGCCACCAGCAACCACAGGACUUCGCUUCUGUAUUCCGAAUUUUGGUUUCGUCAGGAUUGUGCCGGAUGGGUAUAUCCGGAAGGAGGAACCUAGGUCUAACGUAGCGGGUAUAAGUCAAUCUGGGCCCCUGCGUACGCCUGACUCGGGUGAAGGAGGACCAGAGUGGGAUAGAGCAGCUGUAGAACAAGGUGUACUGGCUCAAGCACAAGGACCCGCGCAAGAGCAACCGUGGGAUGCGUAUUCUGAGGCAGCGGCCGAUGACUGGACGUUACAGGGACUGGAUAUGACCUUUUUCGAUUCUCUGCUACAAGGCCCGUUGAUGGCUUCUGAUGGGCAUAUAUAA